AUGUCCCCCCCUAGCCACCGCGCCACCUCCCCCAUGGGCCGCGUCAUCCUCAUCAACACCCCCAUCGAAGCCAGCAGCAAUGAGAGCGACAUCAUCAAUGCCAUCACGGUGGAGAAGAGCGUGGAUGGCAAGCUGGGCUUCAGUGUCCGCGGCGGCUCCGAGCACGGGCUGGGCAUCUUCGUCAGCAAGGUGGAGGAGGGCAGCGCUGCCGAGCAGGCUGGGCUUUGUGUCGGUGACAAGAUCACGGAGGUGAACAGCGUGAGCCUGGAGAACAUCACCAUGAGCAGCGCUGUCAAGGUCCUCACUGGCAACAACCGCCUCCGCAUGGUGGUCCGGCGGAUGGGCCGCGUACCGGGCAUCAAGUUCUCCAAGGAGAAGACGGCAUGGGUGGAUGUGGUGAACAGGCGCCUGGUGGUUGAGAAAAGUGGCUCGACGCCAUCGGAGAGCGGCUCUGAGGACGGGCUACGGCGCAUCGUCCACCUCUACACCACCUCCGAUGACUACUGCCUGGGCUUCAACAUCCGUGGCGGCAGGGAGUUUGGCCUCGGCAUCUACGUCUCCAAGGUGGACCCCGGGGGGCUGGCAGAGCAGAACGGCAUUCGGGUGGGAGACCAAGUCCUUGCAGCCAACGGAGUCAAGUUCGAAGACAUAAGCCAUAGCAAGGCAGUGGAGGUGCUCAAGGGGCAGACCCACAUCAUGUUAACCAUCAAGGAGACUGGCCGGUUCCCUGCCUACAAGGAGAUGGUGGCCGAGUACUGCUGGCUCAGUCGCUUGACCAACGGACAGCUGCAGCAACUGUCUCAGGCCUCGGAGACCAGCUCCUCCAUCUCCUCCUACUCCUCGGGUCCAGCGCCAGGGGCGAUGAACGGGUUGGGGACGGCCACCCCGGGGCCCCCCACCCGCACCGUGGAUGUGGCCAUCUCCCCCGAGGAUGGGCGGGACACGGCCAUCCGGGGCCAGGGUGCCCGUGAGGCCUCUGGCACCCACCCACGCCGCACCUUCGCCCACUCGCCCAAGACGGCACUGCUGCUGGCGCUGAGCCGGCCCCGGCAGCCCAUCACGCGCUCCCAGAGUGACCUCACCGUUGCUGAGGAGAAGCGGAAGAAGGAGAAGCCGGAGGUACAAGGGGCACAGGGAGCCCCCCCGGGGCUGCACCGCUCCAAGACCCUUGUCAACCUCUUCUUCAAGGGGGGCCGUGCCACCAGCCAGAGCUGGGGCCCACCCAGCCAGGACCCCCAGAAAAGCCAGCGUGCCAGCAUCCUGGGUCCCACGGGCAUCGCCACCCUGCAGCCCAACGGCAGCGACCCCGAGGCCCGACUCCCGCACAUCCAGGACACCGCCGCACGCCUCCUCAGCCCCGAUGAGGUGACGGCUGUGCUCCGUCACUGCUCCCGGUACCUGCACGAGGGCAGCGUGGAGGAUUUGGUGCAGCCACUGCUGGCCAUCCUGGACCGUCCCGAGAAGGUCCUGCUGCUGCGGGAUGUGAGGAGCGUGGUGGCCCCCACAGACCUGGGCCGGUUUGACAGCAUGGUGAUGCCCCUGGAGCUGGAAGCUUUCGAUGCCCUGAAGAGCCGCUCAGUGCGCUCGCCUGCCCUCCGCCCAGCCCACCAUGACAUCCCCCCCAAAAGACACCUCAUCACACCAGUGCCUGACUACCGGGGUGGAUUCCUGUUGAAACCGGCGGGGGCCCCGGAGCCAGAGGAAGCUGGGGGCUGCAGCCCCCGGCCCACCUGGCACAAUGAACCCCCCGGGUUGGUGGCCGACAGAGGGGCCGAGGUACUGGGGAAGCCCCGGCAGGCACGGCCCCCCCUUGCACCUCUGUUUGGGGGGCCAAGGUGUGAGGCGGAGGCUGGAGCGGCCACCAAUGGCCCUGGGGAUGCUGGCAGGGAGGAAGAGGAGGAGGAGGAGUACCGGUUGCUCACCGUCACCCUCUCCAAGUUGAAGCACUCGCUAGGGAUCAGCAUCUCUGGCGGCAUUGAGUCGAGGGCACAGCCAGUGGUGAAGAUCGAGAAGAUCUUCCCCGGGGGAGCCGCCUUCCUCAGCGGUGUCCUCAAGGCUGGGCAGGAGCUGGUGUCAGUGGACGGGGAGAGCCUGCAGAAUGUCACCCACCAGCGGGCCGUGGACAUCAUCCGCCAGGCCUACCGCAACAAAGCCAAGGAGCCCAUGGAGCUGGUUGUGCGGGUGGCCGGAGUCCCCCCGGAGUGA